AUGGUGACAAUCGGUCUUGGAUCGGCGGCCCUUGAACUGCUGCAGAGCUACUCCAUCGACCUCAAGGACUUCUCCAAGGCGCGGGCACGCUACGAGAAUGUGCGGGCGGAGCUGGCCGCCGCGGCCACAGACGACCAGAAAGCUGCCGAGUCAACAGAGAUACGGCAGCAGCUAGUGAACGCGUGGGAGGAGUACCUCACCCUCGCGCAGGCAUACUUUCGAAAGGUGUCUAGUGCUGUAGUACAGGAUUUGUUGGAGAAGUCACGCGGCAAGGCGGCGGCGGCACACCGGGCAGAGAAGCUGAACGAGCUCUGCGCUAUUGGCGAGAAGUGGUACGUGCGUAACGAGUGUUACUUCAACUUUGAGGAUCCAGAGAAGUUGGCGGGCAUUGUGGAGGAUGCACUAGACUCCUCCAGUGUUGUGAUGCGACUCCUCGGAUUGCAGUUGACCCGCAUAUGCUGCGCCAACGUGAUGUUCGUGCGGCACUUAUUCUCCAGGCGGGGCUGCGGGCUCAUUGGCAUCUGCUUUGACCGAGAGAACGCAACAGAGUUGGAGUACGCACUCAACAUGUGCUCGCGGCUGAUUGAGCUUUACGCGAGUGACCCCAAGGCGUACCCGGUUUUCCCGUACGGCUGGAUCUACCGCAUUGCCUCUCUGCUUGAUAUGCAGGACCCGGUGCCGAACUUGCUCCCCAAGCGAAAAAGCCAGGCGCUUCGCAUAGCUGUCAAACUGCUCCACUUGUUUCCAGAAAUGGCGACGGCGGCCUCGCUACACACACUCUUGCUUCAGUACUGUAUUCAGAAGGUUGCGGUUGCAGCCACGCUGGAUGAAGUCAAAAGCAUCCUGCAGGUCGUUCUGGACUUGUUUGACGGCGCGGAGACACGGCAGUACAUCCGCUACAACGAUUUAGAUGUACUAUACGAGCCAUUCCUCUAUUUUACAGAGAAGAGCAGAGAUGCUAAAAUAGCCACGAUGAACGGUGCCAAGGAUGUAUUAGCCAUGGUAAUGCGUACGUGGGUCGGUGUUCUCUGGACCUCCUCUGAGAGAAAAGGGCUGUGUGCAAUCAUUGAUGUUUUGCAUCUCCCCGGUGACCUGGACCGGAAGAUGGUGCUGCUGACUCUCUUCAACAAGGUUCUCUGCCAGUUGGCGCCCCACCGUGGGCUGACACUGAUGGAGACGUGGGAAGGCGUGGAGGCAAAUUUGCGACGCGCACCUGCAUCAGCGACGGGCGCAAAGGACUUGCUUGGUGCGCACAACAGCUUUCUGGAGAAUGAGACUCCGCACAGUAUGGCUGAUAGCAAUAAAGGCCUUAUGCCAUUCGACGCCAUGCUGGGGGAGCUGGACGACGGACAUGAGGACUUUGUGCCAACUACCAAAGCGAUUGGUUAUCACGUCCUCGAUCCAUUCCUAGGGCGGGUAUUGCUGAUGCUCUCACACCACGGCCUUCCGCUCGCACUUGUGUGCAUUAUUCAAGACACAUCAGCGAGCCGCGUUCUCACAUUGGCUGCCUCAUCACUCCUACAGGAUCUACUGGUGUUGAUGGACACCGUGCUCCCAGUGCGACCUGUCAAGCGGCUACACAAGGCGCUCAACAAAGCCGUUGGUCGCCUAGCACAAAGUGGUAACUUAUCCUUGGAUGGUGGUCAUGCUUGGCGCCUUUUUAAAUAUUGCAAGGGUUUAAAAGAUCUGACGGUUUCUGCCUCUAUUUCUAAUGCGACUGCAGCUUUGAGUGGAGGCUUGAGCGCACCAACAUCAGCAUCCAUAACGGCGUAUGGACUAGGCUCCCUGGAACUGGACGAUGCAGGCUUUGAGGGGCUGCUGCAGGAGACGAAGGUGGAGCAGGCAAGUAGUUAUACCCGAUGGAAUUAUGAUAUUUUGUUACUUCUGGUCAACGGUCCGUUGCGGAGUUUGCCGCGAUUCCGUUGGGUACUGAACGAGACGCGUUUUUUCCACAAACUCAUCAUGUUCUACCGACCGUUGCAGCAGUCAGGCACGCAAACGUUCAUCUCGUUGCAGGCAGCGGAAUGCACACCACAACUGUGUGUAUUAGGAAUAGCAUUGCUGGAUUUGUUCCUCUCCACGCGUGAGGGGAUGCAGGCGCUGAAUAAGUUUGAUUUCACAAAGAGUCUUGUCGAUAUUCUCGAGGAGGUGGUUGACGGUACAACACGGGUAUUGGACCGCCAACGACUAUGUACUUCUGUGGGUCGGACGCUGCUCCGUAUGGUUGGCCGCUAUUCCCUCUCAGCAAGCGGACUGAUGGCGAUGAAGGAGUACAAAAUGUUUGGUAUCAUCAACAAUAUGUUCACACAGCUCACCGGGGAACGGGUUACAGCACCAUCAAACGACGACAUGCUGCAGGGUGUUUGCCACCUGUUGCUGCAGCACCUAUACAUUGGUGCCGUCCCGAACCAUGGUGUAUGUGAAGAAAUUCGUCAGAUAUUUCGCUUGGCGCUGUGCAACGACUCAAACUCGAUACGACUCUGUGCUGCAAUGCAGCUCCGCAAGGCGCUAUGGCGCGAUCUCUCUACCUCUAUGCGUUGGGGGAUUGAGAUUCUCGUGCAGGCCCUACACGAUGAUUACUACAAUGUCGUUGAAAGCGCCUUCAAGCUUUUGCUCAGCAUUUGUUUAUGCUCAGACGAGGCAUUGGAUUACUUAAUAUCGCUUUCACCAACAGUGUUGAUGGAGAGCGAGGUCAUUCGUGACCACGCACAGAAGCUCAACCUAAAUACACUGCUGUACUGCAUUGUUGGCAGGCCAUCGGGGUUUCGCUUCCUGCAGUGCUACGGCUGGGUGGAGCAGGAGCUACGCCGGUGGGAAGAUUCUGAGUCGGCUAACCACGUCGUCCUCGUUGAGAGCAUGCAGUCUGGUGAACAUGUGGUGAUGUCGGUCGACUUCCGCGAGGGUAUGAGCAGCAGGUGGCGGCAGCGACACAACCGCACACUCUCUGACCCACUUUACGCACUGUAUAGGCCUGCUCUUCUCAGGUCAUCCGCGCCGCCCACAGGUUUUGCCUCGUCACCAACACCCGGCUUUUUCCCCAGCCACUUCGCUGCGGUGCUGUGCAAGUCGAACGAGGGCUGCACUUUGUUCAAGCAUAGUAACCUCUGGCAGCGGUCGGUGAGGCGCAUUCUCGCCCAGCAGCUCCCUCCGGAGAUUGUUUAUGAUGACGUCAUUGAUGCGGCUAGCGAAAGCAGUGAGGACAGUGAUGACACUGAGAGAACGAUGGGUGAAGAGAACCUUUCCUUCUACGGCCGCCCUGCCUUCAACGUGGAUAAGGCACAAUCCAAGAAUUCCGCAGAGGCGCGCGAAAUCCGGCUUCUGCAGGAGGGCCGUUUGCCAUGCUCUUACUCAGCCGAGCUGCUGUCGGCUUCGCGUGGCUACAAGUCUGCAGGGCAGUCGUACAUUCUCGAGUGUGUAGGAGACAUCGCGGAGCUGAAGGACGCCAUCCUGUGUGUGUGCCAUACCUCCUCUAGCGACACGGGCUACGCGCUCCUGCGCACUGUGCCAGGGCUGAUGAAGCGUCUGAUGGCACUCACACGAUUUGCGGCAACCGUCACGGUGCGAAGCAUCUGCCUCGUGGGACUGAGCUUGCUUGCACGUUCCAAACGGUGUGCGGAGCAACUGCGCGAGAUGGCGCACAGUGUGCUCAACGAGAGCAACGCCUACACGAGUGCCGAUGGNGUACCCUACUCCGUUGCCUUUGCACACCUGAAGCCGUCCAGGUGGACGUCUGUCGGGCGCCUCGUGAACUCGUCCAGCGCAUCGUCGCCGUAUUUUGCGCACACGCAAUGCGGGGACGGUGUGGCGGGCGGCGGCGGCAGCGGCGGCGACGUGACGUGUAUGUUAGGGAUGGCGGACUGCGGGAUUAUGAUCAGCUCGCAAUCCCGACGUGUGUGGGACCAGGUGUGCGCGCUCUCCAACCCGGUGAGCCGUGAGGGGGCGAAGAAGAAGCUAUACCAACUGAUGAGGCAUCAGCCGCAGGUGUUUGUAGAACCGCUGAUGCGUGGGAUGCUGUUGGACGCCGCGCAAACGUUUCGCAUGCGCCACGCCGAGCGAAAGUUCAUCGCGGGCCUGCUGGAAAACGCGCCCCUCACAAAGCCGGUGUCUGGCCGCCGCCGUGCGGUUGUCGUGGACCCCCCAUCGCCGCAGAAUUGA